GUCACAUAUAAAGCAGAGAGCUUUAAAAGACUCAUUCACUGAAUCGCAGAGUAAAACAGACAGGCACACGAACCCCUGGAGCAAGUAUGGAACAUCAAGAGUUCAAUGAGGUUAAGCAGGUCAAGGAACAUGAAUCCAAGCUUCUGUCCCAGGAUAAAGUGGAGAAUCUGAUUCAACAGGCUCAGGAGGCCAAGGUGUCGGCCUACUGUCCUUACAGCAAGUUCAGAGUGGGUGCUGCUCUGCUGACCACCAGCGACUGUGUCUUUACAGGUAAGGUACAAGUGUUUUUUGUACCCAGUUUGUUUAAUUUGAGAGAGUGUUCGACUUCAAGGUUAAAAUGUUGGUUUAGAAUCAAUAUGGAAGCUUGUUUUUUAAUUAUGCUCCUUAUCCUUUUACAGGGAAAUUAAAGAAUCUGUAAACAUCUCAUAAAGUCAGAUAUACAGCACUACACAACAUCUUUGAUUUAGGUAUUUUGACAGAUCACUGAUAAUAUAAUAAAAAGUCACAACAAAUCCUUUCAGGUUUCAAAAAGUUUUACAACACUUUGAUAGCAGUUUCAACUUGAUGCUUAAGUCUGCGAAAAGGUUUUAUUUCAUAGUACUGACACAACUGACAGCAGUUACUCAUUUCUAAAUCCUUCCCUGCAGAUGUAAAAAUUAAAUCUCAUCUCUCAUAAUGAGUAACGAUGCUCACUUUCCCAUGAGCUACACUCACCUUAUGCCAUUGCAUCAUGUGUGCUAUUUACACAGACAGGGAAGUCAAAUCAUUGUUAACAGUCAGGAAAAGUCACAACUCCCCUGUCUAUUGCUGGACAAUACAAAGCAAAGCGAGUCACGUGCCUGGGGGGGCAAAUAGCUGGCAAACAGCUGUGAGAGCAAAGACCCUUUGAGUAACUAUUUGACCAGGACAGAAGUAAACAGUCCAUGUGUUUGAUGGUGGAAAGGAUGUCUUUUUUCUGUUUCAUUUCAGUAAAGCAACUUAAAUGAUAUAUUUCUGCCACAGGCUGCAAUGUGGAGAACGCCUGUUACAACCUGGGCAUAUGUGCUGAAAGAGUCGCUAUCUCAAAGGCAGUGUCUGAGGGCCACAACAAAUUCAAAGCUGUUGCAGUUGCCAGGUAAAUUUCCCUACACUUGUGAAAGACCCCUGUCUGCCCUUUGCACAGGUCUGAAGUCAUCAUUCCUGUAUCGCAAUACAGUGACUCACCCCAAUUAUAUCCUGUUUCAUUUUUUAUCUCACCAAAAUGAUCAAACCCGACCCUAUUGAGUUAGUCAGGAAUUUUAGGUCGAAUGUUGACCAACAGCAGGAGGAAGAUGAACGUAAUCCUUUGUUACCUAUGAGUUUUGAUUUAGCUAGACCAUGAUUACUAAGACUGUACAGGCAUAGCAAGAAAUGCUUUAUGAUAUAGCUAUGGUAGUGAAAUUUCAUUCACUUAAAGGACUUGUAAUGACAGCGCAGUCAUUUAGAGACUGUGGGUGAUGUUGAAACACAGGGCAAUCUACAUUAACCAGAUUUGUGUCAAAGCAGCACUAUUAUCUGUGCAAAAUAUCUUUCUGGAGUUCCAAAGGUGUUAUGUCUAACAUUUACAGUAUAAGUUUAAUUCAUAUAGCUUGGUUUACGUCUUAGUAUUUCUCACCAUUUUUUAUACAUGAAGAUUAUAUUGAAAAAUUUGCUCAUUCUAUUUUCAUAUCUUUUACUAUGCACCAAGAAACCCUAAACAACAACCCCCCGACCCCCUUGUUUUUUUUCUCUUUUUUUUUUGCAGUGACAUGAGUGACCAGUUCAUCUCCCCAUGUGGUGCCUGCAGGCAGUUCAUGAGAGAGGUAUGGGAUUAAAUGGUUUGCACAAGCUUUUAAUUUAACAGUGAUUUAUUAACUACAACCUAAAGUCCCAAAAAGUUGGGACAUUGUUAAAAUGUAAUUAAAAACAGAUUUCAAAAAAGGAUCUUUAAAAGAUUCAGAAAACCUGUUGAAAUCUGUAGAAAGGUACGAGGCUGAAAACCAAUACUGGAUGACUGUGAUCCUUUGGCCCUCGGACAGCACAGCAUAAUAAACAGAUGUGACUCUGUACUGGAAAUUACUGCAUGGGCUCAAAAGCACUGUCUGUGAAGCCAGUUUGCCACAGCAUCCACAAAUACGGGAUAAAAAUAACAUACAGAGAGGAAACCACCAGGAAACGUGAUCCGAGUCAGAAGUCCAGUGGCCUGGCAAAUCAAAACCUGACACUCAUCUGGAAAUCAUGGGCAAUUAAUUCAUUAAUGCAUCAGAUUUCAUAUAGCGCUUUACAUUGGAUAAAUCCUUCAUUUGCUCACACAGUCACACCAUGGUGGUGGUAAACUACCUCAGUAGUCACAGCUGCCCUGGGGCAGAUUGACGGAAACGUGGCUGCCAGUUUGCACCUACGGCCUCUCCGACCACCACAACACAACACUCACAUUCAUACACCAGUGGAGGACACACACUGGGAGCAAGGUGGGUUAAGUGUCUUGCCCAAGGACACAACGGACAGACAAUGCAUCCUCCUCUCUACUGCGGAAAGGGACCUCCUGGAUUUUUACACAGUUCAAAUAAGAUAAGAAGAACUGUGUUUAUCCUGACGUGUAAUUUGAUAAUGCCUGCAUCCCUGAUGAUACAGGGAUGCACUGAUUCCAAUAACAUAGGUACCCUGCACAUCCAAGAAAGCACCAAUAAAUCUGUACAAACAAUAUCAAUGUAGGUUUUGAAGCAAUUUGCUUCCAUCUACACCAUGCCUUUUGUCAGGCAUAUGCAUAUUUCAGAAAGACAAUGCCAAAUCACAGUCUGCAUUACAACAGCAUGGAUCCAGAAAAGUCUGGGUACAAAACUGGCCUGCCCACAAUCUCAAUUCAUGACCUACUGAAAACAAUGACUGCACAAUGAAACCUAAAUCCCCAACAAAGUAGACUGUGAACUGUAGCGCAGCUGAAAUCCUCCGUCAGGCAAGAUUGGGAUAUUUCAUUUUCAAAACUUCACAAACUCCACAGUUACCAAACAUUUGCAAGAGUGCUGUUUAGCGGUGAUGCAACACAGUGGCAAACAUGCUCUCGUCCCAGCUAUAUCGAAAUGAGUUGGCAACAUUAGUGUUGACAUAAGCAUACACUUUGCAUUAGACAAAUGCCCACUGUUUAGAGCUUAAGUUGUACUGAAAAAAAGUGUUUAAAGGUUUCUCUGUAUGGAGAUUAUUAACUUCUUCCUGCAACUUUUUUGACUUUUUUUCCUGACAGUUUGGGUCUGACUGGCUUGUGUACCUGUCCAAACCGGAUGGCACAUACCUAGAGAUGACUGUGAAUCAGCUGCUGCCUGUCUCUUUUGGACCGGAUGAUCUGUCCAUGAACAAAGUGGCUAACUGAGCCCACAUUGGAGAACAGCCAACACACAUAAGUGUUGGAUUUGUGCACCGUAUAACAUGCUGUGUGUGGGAAUGCAACAAGCAAGAUUCUUAUUUUUGGUACAUGUUUGUUUUUGUAUGAUUUUUAAUUGUGAAUUCUCUAAAAGCAAAGAAAACGAGACGAAUGUCAAAGCAGGUCUUCCAUUUUAAUAAAUUAAUAGUUUUAAAAGAAA